ACAUCAAAAAACAGCUUCUAUCCUUCCCACUUCCUCCGCCAAAUUCAGUGAGGAUCUGAGAAGAAGCAUUGGGCAGAGGAACUCAGCUUUUUCCUUCUACGCAUGACUGCAAGGGGCAGAGACCCCAUAAGGGGUCUUCUCUGGCCACAAAUGGCCCUCGCAUUUGCCAUUGCUCUCCUUUCUAUCACUGUGGUUUCCGUCAAUGCUGAUGGUUACCCUUACUAUUCUCCUCCACCACCUUCUCCUUCACCACCACCUCCUUACGUUUACAAGUCUCCUCCUCCACCACCGUAUGAGCACAAGGCUCCACCAUAUUAUUACAAGUCACCACCACCUCCUUCCCCCUCUCCUCCACCUCCUUACUACUACAAGUCUCCUCCACCACCCUCUCCCUCACCUCCUCCUCCCUAUUACUACAAGUCCCCACCACCUCCUUCUCCAUCUCCUCCACCUCCUUACUACUACAAAUCUCCACCACCACCUUCCCCGUCUCCUCCACCUCCUUACUACUACAAGUCUCCUCCACCACCCUCUCCCUCACCUCCUCCUCCCUACUACUACAAGUCCCCACCACCUCCUUCCCCAUCUCCUCCUCCUCCUUACUACUACAAGUCUCCUCCACCCCCAUCACCCUCACCUCCUCCCCCAUACUACUACAAGUCCCCACCACCUCCUUCACCAUCUCCUCCUCCACCCUACUAUUACAAGUCUCCACCUCCACCUGUGAAGUCUCCGGCUCCGACUCCUUAUUAUUAUAAAUCUCCCCCUCCUCCACCACCAAAACCAUACUACUACAAGUCUCCACCACCCCCAUCACCAUCACCAAAACCAUACUACUACAAGUCUCCACCACCCCCAUCACCAUCACCUCCUCCCCCGUACUACUACAAGUCUCCACCACCUCCUUCACCAUCUCCUCCACCACCCUACUAUUACAAGUCUCCACCACCUCCUUCACCGUCUCCACCACCACCCUACUAUUACAAGUCUCCACCUCCACCUGUAAAGUCUCCGGCUCCAACUCCUUAUUAUUAUAAAUCUCCCCCUCCUCCAUCACCAAAACCAUACUACUAUAAGUCUCCACCACCACCUUCUCCAACUCCAUACUACUACAAGUCUCCUCCACCACCACCACCUUACUACUACAAAUCUCCUCCUCCUCCAUCUCCAACUCCUUACUACUACAAGUCUCCACCACCACCAUCCCCAACUCCUUACUAUCCAUCUCCCACUCCAUACUACUACAAGUCUCCACCACCACCUUCUCCAACUCCCUACUACUAUAAGUCUCCUCCACCACCAUCCCCAACUCCCUAUUACUACAAGUCUCCACCACCACCUUCCCCGACUCCUUACUAUCCAUCCCCAAAACCUUACUACUAUAAGUCUCCACCACCACCAUCUCCAACUCCCUACUACUACAAGUCUCCUCCACCACCAUCUCCCACUCCCUACUAUUACAAGUCUCCACCACCACCGUCCCCAACUCCUUACUAUCCAUCCCCGACUCCUUACUACUACAAGUCUCCACCUCCACCAUCUCCGACUCCUUACUACUACAAGUCUCCUCCUCCACCAUCCCCAACUCCCUAUUACUACAAGUCUCCACCACCACCUUCCCCAACUCCUUACUAUCCAUCCCCAAAACCUUACUACUAUAAAUCUCCACCACCACCAUCUCCCACUCCUUACUAUUACAAGUCUCCACCACCACCGUCCCCCACUCCUUACUAUCCAUCCCCCACUCCUUACUACUACAAGUCUCCACCCCCACCAUCUCCAACUCCCUACUACUACAAAUCUCCACCACCACCUUCCCCAACUCCUUACUAUUAUAAGUCUCCACCACCACCAUCUCCAACGCCUUACUAUCCUUCCCCAACUCCCUACUACUACAAGUCUCCACCACCACCAUCCCCAACUCCCUACUACUACAAAUCUCCACCACCACCAUCACCAACUCCUUACUAUCCAUCCCCAACUCCUUAUUACUACAAGUCUCCACCACCACCAUCUCCAACUCCCUACUACUACAAGUCUCCUCCUCCUCCUUCACCAACUCCUUACUAUCCCCCACACCCUUACCAUCCCUACCACCACCCUUUGAUCGUCAAGGUAGUAGGUAAAGUUUACAGCUACAAGUGCUACGACUGGGCGUAUCCCGAAAAGUCUCACAACAAGAAACACCUCAAAGGUGCUAUUGUGGAGGUUAAAUGCAAAGCAGGAAGAAACAUCAUUAAGGCUUAUGGUGAAACCAAGAGCAAUGGAAAAUACAGCAUCACAGUUAAGGACUUUGACUAUGUGAAAUACGGAUCAGUAGUCUGCAAGGCCCACCUUCAUGCUCCUCCUAAGGACUCUCCCUUCAACAUACCUACCAAGCUGAACGAGGGAACUCCAUUGAAGGUGAAAUCCAAAGAUAAAUAUGAAGUUGUGCUCAAGGCUAAGCCAUUUGCUUAUGCUUCAAAGAAGCACUUCAAGGACUGUGAAAAGAAGCCUUAUAAGCCUUCACCAACUCCAUACUAUUACAACUCACCUCCUCCUCCCUCUCCAGUUUACGUAUACAAGUCACCACCACCACCAUCACCAACUUAUGUUUACAAGUCACCACCACCACCCGUGAAGUCGCCUCCCUAUUAUUAUAAGUCUCCCCCUCCACCAUCACCAAAACCUAAACCACCAUACUAUUAUCAGUCUCCACCUCCUCCAUCACCAAAACCUCAACCUCCAUACUACUAUCAGUCUCCUCCUCCACCAUCACCAAAGCCUCAGCCUCCUUACUACUACCAAUCUCCACCUCCUCCAUCACCAAAACCUAAACCUCCAUACUACUACCUCUCUCCACCUCCUCCAUCACCCUCUCCUCCCCCUCCAUACUACUAUAAAUCUCCACCUCCUCCAUCACCGGUGCCAAAGCCUCCAUACUACUACCAAUCUCCACCCCCACCAUCACCAAAGCCUAAACCUCCAUACUACUACCACUCUCCACCUCCACCAUCCCCUUCACCUCCCCCUCCAUACUACUACCACUCUCCCCCUCCACCAUCCCCCUCACCUCCCCCUCCAUACUACUACCACUCCCCACCUCCACCCUCACCGGUUUAUAAGCCUCCAUACUACUACCAAUCUCCCCCUCCACCAUCACCAAAACCUAAACCCCCGUACUACUACCACUCCCCACCUCCACCAUCACCCUCUCCUCCCCCUCCAUACUACUAUAAAUCUCCACCCCCACCUUCACCAUCCCCUCCUCCUCCAUACUACUAUAAAUCUCCACCACCACCUUCACCAUCCCCUCCACCACCUUACUACUAUCAUUCCCCACCUCCACCUAAAGAGAGCACACACCCUCCCUACUACUACCACUCACCACCACCACCAUCCCCAUCACCACCACCUCCAUAUUACUACAAAUCCCCUCCACCCCCAUCCCCAUCUCCACCACCUCCUUAUUACUAUCAAAGUCCUCCUCCACCGUCUCCCACUCCUCAUCCUCCCUACUACUACAAAUCCCCUCCACCACCAAAGGCGUAUCCUUCACCUCCUUACCACUACGUGAGCCCUCCACCACCUUCUCCAUCUCCACCUCCACCAUACCAUUACAAAUCACCACCUCCUCCCUCCCCAGCUCCCGCUCCAAAGUACAUUUACAAAUCACCUCCGCCUCCAGCUUACGUCUAUGCUUCCCCACCUCCACCUAUCUACAAGUAAGCUCAGACAGUGGAAGCACCAUUCACGAUAAAUCAUGUUGUAGUUUUCUUCGAGGAAUAAAUGGAAGCUCCAUUUGGAGUGAAGUGAAAUAUCUAUCUUCCUGUCCAAGUUCUUUGAAUAAAAGUCUGAAGGUGUCAUCUCCGAGCUACAAUAUCUGUGAUUCAGACCCGCUUGAUUCUAUUUGUUUGAUGGCCAUCUUGCACGUCCUGAUCUUAUUGUGUUCAAGUGACGGACAAAUCAAAACAAGGAAGAGAGAUUUAAAGUGUAAAUGCCAAGUUAAAAGUACAGUCCACUCUUAGUCAUCUCUUUAAUUUAUUUGUUCAUAGAUUACUAUGGCCGUGUAUGAUUGCUUUUCUAUUUAUCGUGGAAUUUUUGUAUUGUGCCCGUUCUUGUGUUUGCAAUAAGUAAUAGUAAUAAAGCAGCAGCAAUUCAAAUUCUGCUCUCAA